AUGGCUCCCAAGUCCAAGCAGUCGUCGAGGAAGGGCAAGGAAGCCGCCGCCGCCGCUGCUUCUGCCGCCCAAUACGAAUACUACGACGAGGUUUCUCCCGCUGGCACGACGGGUAGUUAUUAUGCCUCCUCGUCGACCACGGCCACGACCGGACCUAGUCCGCUGACGGAGUACGACGAGACCCCCGGUGUGGCGGCGGCGGCGGCAACGGCGACGACUACGGCUGUCGUCCAGUCCAAGUCCAUACAGAGCGAGGGCGAGAUUGUGUUACAGGGCCCGCUCGAGGUCGCUGGUUCUGUGAAGGCUGGGGGGAAUAUCAUGCUGAAUGGGGACUUUGAUGUGAGGGAUAAGGUAGAGGCGUAUGGCACGGUUGAUGUCAAUGGGAAUUUGGUUUGCGAGUAA